AGAAGAACGGAAUAGCCUCAGUGAAUGGCGGAUACCGCAACGAUAUGUCUUGAGUGAUCGGCUUUACGUUAUGAGUGAAAACGAAAAUGCUACCUCCACCGCGAAAGGUCAAACCAACCGUUGCCUUGAAACACAUUCACUCUGAACAAGUGGCCAAACUCCAAGCUAAGCAUCAACAAGAAUGUGAUCUACUGGAAGAUAUAAGGACAUUUAGUCUACAGCGGUCCAAAUUAGAGAAAGAAUAUGCUCAGGGAUUGUUGAAACUGUCGACUCAGCUGCUCAAGAGGGAAUUCCCGUCACAGCCAGACAUAAUUAGUGAGGAUGGACUGGAACAUAACUACUCGGACGGAAGGACUGCCUGUACUGUGUGGCGGCAGAUCCUGGAGGAGACAGAGAAGGUGGCCAAGGCUCGGCUCCAGGCAGCUGAGAUCUUCAUGGAGAAGAUAGCAGAGUCAGCCAAGCCUCUCAAAGUGGCCAAAGUCCAUAGCAUGAAGAAGGUGGUGCCACAGUUGUCGACGAUACAGACGGAGCUGGCUCAGACAGUGCUGGAGAUGACCAAAUGUCAGAAGACGUACAACGUGGAUGAGACCUACUCACACGAGGCACGGCAGAAGGCAGGGGACGCCGAUGACAAGUUGAAACGGAAAUCAACAGGAUUGUUCCAGUCCCUUGCUAGUCUGCAGAAGCAGUGUUCUAAGUUAAAAAGUCGGUGCGAGGCGUGCGAGGUGAAGUCUACAGUGUCGCGGAAUGACUACAUCCUGGCACUGUCAGCGGCCAACGCUCACCAGAUUCGCUACUACAGCACCGACAUGCCUGAUCUCACAAAGGGUCUGGACACGGUGGACGGCGAGGUGUAUGAGAAGAUACAGGAGUACUUCAGUUUGCUGGGGAGCACCAUCGUUGAGAUCAGCCAGGCAGAGGCCAGCAACUUUGAGAAUGUUGUCAAUGAAUCUGCCAAGAUCAGCCGAGCAUUCAGCCUCCAGUGUUUCCUGUUCUGCAACCCCGUGUUCACAGACCUGGUUCAGUAUCAGUUUGAUCCCUGUCAUAGUGAUCCGUUAGGCAAGGUCAGUGGAGAUCACAAUGCCAUGCCAGAUUUGGAGAAAGAAGCCAAAAAAUGGGCAGCCAAAGUUGCUAAGGAAACCAAAGCAAUUCGAGAGUACCACAGAAUCCUGAAGUGUCUACAGACUCAAGGGUCAGACAAGGUGUCAGACUCCGGGAUCGAGUCCAACUCCACGACGGCCAGCAGUAGCAGUUCUUCCCAGGAUCCCGAGGUCAAGAUGGAGGAGAUGCGGCAGAACAUUCGUAAAGCGGAGACAGCUAAGAUGAAGGCUGAAGCUCGUCUUGAAGCUCUGCGAAGUGCAGGAAUCAAUGUCGAUGAUUACCUGAGCAAUGCUCAGAUGGAGAGUCUAGGUACAGACGACAUCUGCAUCGCCCGCACACCCAGUCAAAUGUCACUGCGGACAGAGAGCUCCGGUGGGCACAGUGCUGACGACCAUGAGCCAACAUACACACAUUACGAUGAUGAUGACGACUUCAUCGACGACGCCUUCAACACAACGACAGGGUCGGGUACAUCGCAGGUCCCCACCAGGAAGUACCCAGUCAAGUGCAAUGCGCUGUACGAGUUCCAGGCCAGCAACUAUGAUGAGCUGACUAUCGCAGCCAAUGAGGAGUUAGAGUUGGUUGCCGAUGGUGACGGGGAAGGAUGGGUAAAGGCCAGAAGCUCAUCCGGGAAGACAGGCUACAUUCCAGAGAAUUACGUCACAUUUGAUGGAGAGGUACAGCAGAAUGGCUCGGCGCCACAGGGCGACGCCAGUUCUCCGCCAGUUUCUGCAGGUGUCCCGCCCCCUCUUCCACCACAAGCUUCCUCAGAGCCCAUGUCUCCAACAUCGAUCAAUGACAACCAGCACGACACGACAUCUUCAUACUCAUCAGGUGACCUCGAGGUCCAGCAGACCACUGAGGAAAUGGCCGUGGACAAUGCCCAGCCAGGUCUUGGAGAUGCCAUGUGGGCACGUGCCCUGUAUGACUAUGUGGCCCAGGACGACGAGGAAAUCAGCUUCGCAGAGGGGUCACUUAUCAAGGUCAUACGUAAGGACAAUGAUGGAGUGGACGACGGCUACUGGGAGGGGGAGUUCAAUGGCAGCUCUGGCCUUUUCCCGUCAAUGGUCGUCGAGGAACUUACAGCAGAUCAGGAAGUGAUGUCACCGGGUGUUGACUAUGUACCACCACCCCCGGUUACCGUUACCAUGCCAACGCCUGAUGCAGAGCUUCCACCACCCCCUGUAACCAAUGGCGAUGGGCGCAUGGUGUUUUGGAAUAUGUAUACAGCAACAGAGCCAAUUUCUGAUAACAGCACACCUGAACAGAAUUAUAAGAAAGUUCGGUUCAGCAACAACCACAUGGUACCGACCGAUGUCCUACAGCCGCACUACCCUUUACACACGCAGUGGGAGGACUCCGAGGAAGAGGGGGAAGAGUCUGUUGUCUGACACCAGUUGUCAUAGCAACAGGAUUGUUACCUUGCCAUCCUUCCAGGAGGUCCACACUGGUUGCCUUGACAACCAAUCUGUUACCACACAGUGACUAUGAACUUGAUAAGCAGUUGCAGGGCAACUGCAAAGGAUCGUUUCAAAAUAAUUGCUGUCAUAGCAACAGAUGGUUACCAUAGCAACAUGUGAUGAGGGAAGAGUUGAUCUGUUUCAUUACACUGGCUUGGGGAAGAAGGUAUUGUAGGUGGUUGGUGAACUGACAUUAUCCCCAUGGAAACCAAUCUGCCUGUGUAAUGGUGGUUUUUUAACCUUGGAGUAUAUUGUAGUCAUAGCAACCAGUAGCACACCUAGACAAUACGUAUAUGAUAGAGAACUGACCUGUCAUCAUGUCAUCUAUAGUGAAAACCAAUGAGGGAGUACGAUAAAGAUGAUAACACUGUUGCUAGGCAACUGAGAUGGGAUACGCAGUUAUCCCACGGUAGCCGGACUACUGCAGAGAAAGUGCGCCUGGGCAGGAACAGACAUUGAGUAGAGACAAUGCUUGCAUAUGGAGCAGCCAUGACAGGCUACAUUUCAGUUGAUGUUCAGUUUUGUUUCACAAACUUUGAUGUACUUCCGCACAAGUCUCCACCAGCCCAUGCCUCACGCCUGCUGGCAACGUGCCCCCUACAGACAGUACACGCCUGGGAAGUGUCAUCACCCAUCACGUGACAGGAGUCGGUGGUCAGGCUGCAUGUCAUGUAUUAACAGGAAGUAGUACUCUGCACAUGCUCAAUAGAGGAGCUGUAUGGGAAGGAUGUCUGUCGAGCAGCUUGGCCCAUCUGAAGACGAUCUGUGUACCAGUGUGUUGACACAUAGCAGUGGAUUAUUAUUUGAAAAAUUAGACAGAUUUUUACCCUCUAAGCAAUUGUUGAAACAAUUUUAAAUGAUACAAGAUAAAUUGAUUGCCAAGAUUAUCUGAUGGAGUGUAACAAUACAGUGUUACUGUGCACAUUGUUGCAGUCCACUGUCGUAAAUCAUAUUGAUAGUAUAUGGGAUGACAUACGCCACACAAUACAGUUUUUAUAUUUUGUGUAAAUGUUAUGGAAAAGUAAAUCUCAUAGGACAUUUCAGGUUACAAUUUGUGUACGUUAAAUUGUAAGAUAUAAAAUAGUCAAUAAUGUGUUGUUUCAGGUACUGAUACACUACAUUUUGUUGAAUAUGUUUAAUGCUAUUCCCUUGAUUCAAGAGGCUCAAUACUGGGGUGUACUGAUAUCAUUCAUUGAGCUGAGCAUGUUGAACCCCAUGACAAAUCAACUCUCCAGUUUACCGGUAAAUAGUAUAUUUCAUGUAUUGGUGUAAUAUGUCAUGAAAUGCUGUAAAAGUACCAAUUGGAUUUCUGCUAGGAAGGACCAGUUUUGAUGUAUGUUUGUUUAAUUGAGGAACAUGGAGGUACAUGUCGUCAUGGUGACGGGGAUGAAGGUUGAGAUUAUACAUCAGGAUGCUGCACGUUAUAGGGGUCUGGCAUGGGAAACAUGACUUGUGUCAUCAGCUUGAACUUUCCGCAGCAUAAUAUAUUUCGAAUUACAUUUUAUCACACCCAGUUUCACAAAUUUCUAUGAAAUUUGUUAUUAUUGAUGGCCAGGUCUGACACAAUCCUGGAUCCAUCUGUUUCAGACUACAGCAGGUGUGGGGAGGGAGUCAUCGCGCCGAGGAGCGUCCUAUCACAUGAUGUUCAACAAGUUUUUGACAUUCAAACAAGGGAUCACUUUGUUCCUACCUCAUUUUUUUUCCAAAGUCUAAAACUGACGUGACACCCAGAUUAACCGCUUGCACCACCAUUAUUUACAUGUUUGUGAAGGCAGGAAGGCGUUGUUUGAAGCAGACAUAAAAUCUGCCUGUAUUCCCCAUUGUUGCUGAUGGGCAGCCAGCCUCCCAUGUGGUCCAGUGUAGAUGUAGCCCACUGUAUAUAGAGAUCUGUGUAUAUGCAUAAUAGCAACACAGGUAGACUGCAGGUUAGGGGGGCACACAGGGGCUCUACCUGGAUCUUCCUCGAUCUUCCGGACUGGUAAUGUCUGGUAUUUGAUACUCGGACAUAUUGUCCAAAUUUCACGUGACAAAAUAUAAUUUUUAUUUGUUCCAUCUGGAGUUUAAUUUUUUAAAAUGAGUUUUAAUUAAUAUAUUACUGAUGGAUAAGAAAUUUAUAUGAAGAAACUGUUACUGAUUUGACCACAGUUACAUUUUAACUCUUCUUGAACUGUGCUUGAAAAUUUUGGAAACAUCGAUCAGUACAGACGUGGAGUUGACGAUGCGAGGGCAGUAUGUAGUGAUUUUACCAUAUUGAGAGUUUGAGAGGCAGGCCAUGUGUGGAGCCCCUGUGUAUCAUGUCCUUGACCUUGCAAGGUAUUGUGAUAUGACUUUUGUAUUGGGUGUUGGUAAAAGUGGAAUCCAUAAGUCUGUGAUUGAAGUUGGAGGGAAGGAAUAUACUCUUGGAAUGUAAUCCAUGACCUGUUUGUCUUUAAUGUUAACUUACUUCCUAAAUUAUUCCAUUUAUCUUAUUUGGUGGUUUGGGUGAGUUUAUCAUGUAUCCAGUUUCUUUUUCACCUUAUUCUCACUGUGCACACUGAUGUGUCUGUUGUGUAUGGAAG